AUGAAGCACUUAGGGAGACAGCAUGAACGGAGGUUCUGCGCUUCAAUGGAUCGACAGUUUUCGGAACAAAUCCUAGCUAUAGAGGAGUCUUCAGAAAAUCAUACAGUUGGGUCAGAACUACCUGAGCUCCGGUGCAGUUGCGUAAGCGGUCAGAUCGAGGUGAGACCUUCACUGCCUCCAAUCGGACUGCGUAGGUUGUACAUGUGUCUGCUGAUGAGGAUUGCACUCUUGGUUGUGUGGUUCUCCGUUCCUAUCACUGCUGGAAAAGGUGGCACGAAUAACAAAAGUGAGACGACCAAACAUACAAACCAGUCUCUUCCCGGAAUUCCACUAAGAAUUGGAAAGUUCACAAGCUUCACAAUUCCGAGUGGCCAGUUCUUAGUGUUCUACGCUAUUCUGGACAAGCAGAACGCACUUGAUCUUAUACGUAUCCACUGCGUCAUCAGAAAGUCGAAAAAUCGAAAUGAUUAUUUUAAUUUUGUACAAGUGACUAUUUCUAAUGGUAGAGCAGCUACGUCUUUUUCACUUCCUGAGUCGAUGAGCAAUGACUCGGUCCUUUAUGAGGGUGCUCGCAUUAUCCAGCCGUUGGAAGUCGUUGACUUUGAAGAGGAACGUCAGCAAAUUGUCAUGGCUGUCGUGUCGUCUCGAGCUUCUGUCGAUGUAGCCGGAGAAAUUCGAUUCUCUGUUUACGGUAGAUCACAGUACAACGUUGAAUUGCCACCUUCCCCACUAAAAGAAAAGUCUCUCGUCAACCAACAUGUAGGCUAUGUACGCCCUAUCUCAUAUCGGAUUGCAACAAAAGGUCAUGAUGUUGUACGAAUUUUGAUCGAAAGUAGAGAUGACAUCUGCGCUAGGCUCAUCCUUUCAGAAAGUCAGGAUGAACAGCGUCGGAAAUGGUUCCCAGGAGAACCUCCUCUUGCUAUGGAAUUCACUCGGCGCUUUGAUUUCGUUCUGUGCCGAGAGAAAUUAAAAGAAAUUAUAUUCAUGCACAUAGAAGUUUACCCGGAUGAUUACAAAUGUGCUCUCGUCACCACCGGACGAACUCCUAAUAAAGUGAAGGUGAUCAAUAUCACAUGGUCUGCCGAUGACGAAGUGGGAUUACUGGCACCGAUUUCCAUUCCAAUCAUGUGUUUCUUUUUACCAAUAACUUGUUCUCUGGUAUAUGCAACAAUGAAAAGUCGCCACUACAGUCAGUUCGAUGAAGAAGUUGCGGUCGAUCCUGUGUUGGCUAGUACAUUUGAACCAAUUGUUUCACCUAUGGAUGAGGUCUCCUCUGCACAAAACCUUCAGAUCACUGUCGCGGAAAGUCACCGGUUGCAGCUUCUUCACUCUCCAGAUUGUCCCUCUAUUUCAAAUCCGGACGACCAGCAACAAGAGAAGACAGUAAUAUCAAGAUCUGUUUCCGCUAGCUUCGAAAAUGAGGAUUGGUCAUGGACGAGCGCUCAGUUUGCUCUAAUUUUGCUGCCGAUUCUUUCUCUUUUUAUUUCUGCUUCAACAGUCGGUCUCAAAUGGGAGGAAGAUAAGUGCUUCCAUAACUAUGCGUGCUCCCAACCACUUUGGAAUUUCACCUCGUUCAAUCAUGUUUUCAGCAAUAUAGGAUACGUACUCAGUAGCAUAUUCUACCUCAUUUUUGCAACAUUAAGGAAGAAAAAGCCAACUUUUGGAUGUGGAGUCUAUGUCAACUAUGGGCUUGAAAUUUCUAUGGGACUUUCGCUACUAUGUGAGGCUUUCGCCAGUUCAAUUUACCACAUCUGCCCGAAUGCGACCACUUAUAAUUUAGAUACUCCUUUCGUGCAAGCUGUUUCUGUGCUUCUGAUGCUUAAACUGUAUGGAAAUCGUCGAAAGACGAUAAUGCCACAAUUUGCAAAUACGGCUGUUACUUCAGUUAUCGUUCUAGACAGCAUCAUCACGAUGUUCGCCGAAAAAUCUGUUCUUCGAGGACUUGUAGUAAUCACAGUGAUUACAGCAGUGCUUUCUGGAAUACUUUUAUUGCUCUUGGGUCCACGAUUAUCCUUCGAUCGCAUUAAAUCUGGCAUGAUUCGGAAUGUUUCUGUGUCCUUUGCUGCUGUAGCAGUUUCAAUGAACGCAGUCGUGAUAUUGGUUUUUAUUCUGCCUUUGCGUCGGAUUGAGACCACUCAGAUUGUCACACUGCUUUGUGUCGUAAACGCAUUCGUCUAUCUUGGAUAUUACGUUGCAAUGAAGUGUUCGUCAGGUGAAUGCUGGUGCAAAUUCUCAAGCCGAUGUAUUUACGUUGCGACUGUGUUAUGGAUCAUCGCGUUGUACUUCUUUUUCAAAGAAGAGACAAACUGGGCGCUCACGCCAGCUCAAAGUCGUGCGCUGAACCGACCAUGUGUUCUCCUGUCCUUCUUCGAUUAUCACGAUCUCUGGCACAUCACGUCCGCGUUGGCCUCACUGCUCCUUUUGUUAGGCGCAUCCAGCUUGGACGAUGAUUUGUGUGCAAUUCCCACUAAUGAUUUGUCAGUGUUCUAG